AAAAGAUUUCUUCGAGUCUCCUUCUUUAUCUUUUCGUAACUUAUAUUGUUUCCUUCCGACUCACACAAGAAACCAACAGCGAGAUUCGUGUUUUACUUCGCAUUACUUCAAAAGGGCUGAACCAAAAAUUGGUGUUUGAAAUGGGUUUGCCAAGAUUCGUGCGUCCUAAAGGAGUUGAUGGUGAAAAGAGUUCCAAUCUUUACGUCGCAAACUGUGGCCCGGCUGUUGGGUCUUCAUUAGACACCAUUGCAUCAGUGUUUAGUGCUUUUGGGGAAGUGAAGGGUGUGUAUGCAGCCGAUGACAGUGGUGCUCGUGUUAUUGUCUCCUAUACCGAAUCGACAUCUGCUCAAGCUGCUUUAAAAGCAAUGGACGGUCGUCCUUGUCCUGAUCUUGGAGGACGUUCUUUGCACAUACGUUUCUCGGUGCUUCAACUAACUUUUGAGGCACAUCUGAAUGAUACUCUUCCUGUGGCACUGGUUUCUUCAGAGUUGGACAUUCCAGGCCUUUACUUAAUGCAUGACUUUGUGACCGAGAAUGAAGAGCAAGAAUUGCUUGCAGCAGUUGAUGGAAGGCCGUGGAACUGUCUUUCAAAAAGAAGGGUCCAACAUUAUGGUUAUGAAUUUUGUUAUGACACAAGGAAUAUUGACACGAGACGUCACUUAGGGGAGCUUCCAUCCUUUGUUUCUCUCAUCCUUGAAAAGAUUUCGUUGUUCCCAAACUGUGACAAUCCUGCAAGUUUAAUUUUGGACCAACUGACGGUUAAUGAAUACCCAACUGGAGUGGGCUUGUCCCCACACAUAGACACGCAUUCAGCAUUUGAGGGGUUAAUUUUCAGCCUUUCAUUGGCUGGCCCUUGUAUUAUGGAGUUCAGGAGGUAUUCAGAUGGCGAAUGGAAGCUUGCCACAAGCUCUGAGAUGAAGGUGGACAAUCUCAAAAAGUGCUCAAAUUUUUUAAGAAGAGCUAUCUAUCUUCCUCCUAGGUCUAUGCUUUUAUUAUCUGGGGAGGCACGCUAUGCUUGGCAUCAUUAUAUUCUGCACCAUAAGAUUGACAAGGUGAAUGAUAGUGUCAUCAGAAGGGCUGUACGAAGGGUUUCUUUCACAUUUCGGAAGGUAAGAAGAGGUCCUUGCCAAUGUGAAUAUCCCCAAUACUGUGAUUCACAGAGAUGAAGAGUGCUCACAUCUCAUCAACUUUGCAAUAGAAAACUGAAACUAUACAUGCUGAGCUGGUAUACUUUCAAACAUGGGAGC